CGUCGCUCUUUGCCAUGAAACAUGAGUAAUGAGAGCAGUGGAGUCCGAGGGUUUCAGCCUCUCUGGAACUUCAAUGGUUCAUUGGCCAACCAGUCAGCUGACCUGCUGUUCAACACCUCAUGCAACGGGUCUACAAACGAUUCAACAUCCUGCUCUCUUGUUGACGAUGAAGUGCGGGCAGGAAGUCCUUAUAAAGCUCUGGAGAUGUUUUUUAUAGCUUUGGUGACAGGAUCUCUGAGCUUUGUGACUGUCACUGGAAAUAUUUUAGUCAUGCUGUCGAUCAAAGUAAACCGCCACUUGCAGACUGUCAAUAACUAUUUCUUAUUUUCUUUGGCAUGUGCUGACUUAAUCAUUGGUGUUUUCAGCAUGAAUUUGUACACAGUCUACAUUAUUGUUGGCUACUGGCCACUUGGACCGGUGGUCUGUGACUUGUGGCUAGCUUUAGAUUACGUUGUUUCAAACGCCUCUGUGAUGAAUUUAUUGAUCAUAAGUUUUGAUCGCUAUUUCUGCGUAACCAAACCCCUUACGUACCCAACUAGAAGGACAACUAAGAUGGCAGGAUUAAUGAUUGCAGCAGCAUGGAUCCUGUCAUUCAUCUUGUGGGCUCCUGCCAUCCUGUUCUGGCAAUUCAUCGUUGGCCAGCGAACAGUACCGCCUGGAGAAUGUUACAUUCAGUUCCUGUCGAACCCUGCAGUGACGUUUGGGACGGCUAUAGCUGCAUUCUAUCUCCCCGUCAUCAUUAUGACAGUUUUGUACAUCCACAUUUCUUUGGCGUCAAGGAGCAGGGUCUCCAAACACAAACCUGAGAAGAAAGAGAAGAAAGGAAUAAAAACUCCCAGUCUAUUAAAGAGUCACCUGAUAAAGCAGAACAAUAAUAAUGAGACCAGCCCUCAAGCCAGCCCUCGCUCCACUCCCAAACUUAGUCUGGACUCAACUACAACUGCAUUAGAGGCUGUGAAGAAUGGCAAAGUGGAGGAACCGAAACCAGAACAAAAGGCAGAGCCUCCAGGUCAUCCCAGUCCAAGGCUUACACAGGAGGAAAAAGAGAGCUCCAAUGAUUCAUCCACGGCAUUUAUUCCUCCUACAGAACCAAAGGCCAACAAUGAGUUAACAUCUGAGGCAUUAAUGAAUUCCAAUCCAGUUGUCACAGCAACAGCCAACUCUGCUGUGUCCAAGAUUAACUCAAGCUCAAGGUGGUCCAAGAUAAAGAUUGUAACGAAGCAGGCCGGAGACGAAUGUAUAACCGCAAUAGAGAUUGUCCCACCUGUAGAGGGAGCUGAGACGCAUUCAAUUCCGAUCAGCCGUCCAAGGACUGUGGCAAGAAAGUUUGCAAGCAUUGCCAGAAGCCAAGUGAAGAGGAAAAGACAAAUGGCUGCCAGAGAAAAGAAAGUAACUAAGACCAUCUUUGCCAUCCUGCUGGCCUUCAUCAUCACAUGGACACCGUACAACGUGAUGGUGCUGAUAUCAACCUUCUGUCAGUCCUGCGUCCCUGACACAGUGUGGGCGAUUGGCUACUGGCUGUGCUAUGUCAACUCCACCAUCAACCCAGCUUGUUAUGCACUGUGCAACGCCACCUUCAAAAAGACUUUUAAAAAUCUGCUGCUGUGCCAGUAUAAAAAUAUUGGUACGAGAUGAGAUGAUAGAAGAAGAUAAAGGGAGGAAAGGGAGGGGAACCACAUGAAGAGUGAGAAACAAAGGAGGGAGAAAGUAAACUUUACCCUGAGGUAAGUAAAAAAAAAAAAAAAAAAAAAAAAAAAACACAAAAAAGACAGAUGGCAGAAAUCAGUCGAAGGUUCCUUCUGAAGAAACCAGACACCUGAAGUGGAUGAACAACAAUUUAUUCCACAAGUAAACACCAAUUAUCCCUUAUGUGGAGGAAAAUGUGAGUGGGUGAAAACCAGUUUUUUUUUUUUUUUUUUUUUUUUUUUUGACCUGCCGGGCUUCUAAAACAUUAAAAAGCUCGUAGAGUUUCAGUCACAGUAUGCUGAAACUUGGAAUUAUGUGAGCUGAGACGACCGAUGAGGUAAUGAAUUCAUAUUAGAAAGAAAUACAGCAGCGUGGGUGGAAAACGGUUUUGCUGUACAGCUGGUUUUAUUCUGCUUGGAUGUACUUCCCUGGUUGUUAAAGCAAUGUGUGAUUUCACAACUUUCAAAAUCUGUUGCUCUGUCAGUAUAAAAACAUAUGUACCGUGUUGAUUUGGAUGUAUUUUCUUGCUUUCUAUGAUGUAUUAACCUUUGAUUUGACGGAAACUGUUUAACAUGACAGCAUUGAGGUUAAUUAACUGUGUGGGCACUUGGCUCCUGGCUGUGUUGUGACAACUCCAUCAACCCA